GGCAUCAAAUUUUCAUCGUGAAAUGCGGCCAUUUUCUAUUGUGGUGGGUGUUGCGUGAUUGACGGAUUCUCUGUACAUUUUCUAAUUUAUAGAUUGUUCAGUUGUAGUAACUUUAUCUCUGCACUCUUUUACCAGCUGAGUUUCUAUAUAUUUUACUUCUUUUCACACUGUUUGAAGUAUACUUAACGAUUUUUGAGUGCUUCCUGCUAGUGUGAAGUAUGGCCGACCGGGAAGAUAAUGUCUAUAAAGCUAAGCUUGCCGAGCAAGCUGAGCGGUAUGAUGAAAUGGUUGAAGCCAUGAAGAAAGUCGCUUCUUUGGAUUUGGAGCUAACGGUUGAAGAAAGAAACUUGCUUUCUGUUGCAUACAAGAAUGUUAUUGGAGCCCGCCGAGCUUCGUGGAGAAUUAUUAGCAGUAUAGAGCAGAAAGAGGAGAAUAAGGGAGCUGAUAAUAGGCUGGAAAUGAUCAAGAGUUAUAGAGUGCAGGUAGAAACAGAGCUAAAAGAUAUCUGCCAAGAUAUACUUGAUGUGCUGGAUAAACAUCUAAUUCCAACUGCUUCUACUGGAGAAUCUAAAGUCUUUUACUACAAGAUGAAAGGUGAUUAUCACCGCUACUUGGCUGAAUUUGCCACUGGAAAUGAUCGUAAGGAAGCUGCUGAAAACAGUCUUGUGGCCUAUAAGGCUGCAAGUGAUAUUGCAAUGACUGAACUUCCACCCACUCAUCCUAUUCGUCUUGGUCUCGCUUUGAAUUUCUCUGUCUUCUAUUAUGAGAUCUUGAACUCUCCUGACAGGGCAUGUCGCCUAGCUAAGGCAGCAUUUGAUGAUGCUAUUGCAGAGCUUGAUACUCUGAGUGAAGAAAGCUACAAAGAUUCUACUCUUAUUAUGCAGCUCUUGCGUGAUAACCUAACAUUGUGGACAUCGGACAUGCAGCAUGAUGGUGAAGGUGAACAAAAGGAGCAGGUUCAAGAUAUUGAGGAUCAAGAUGUUUCAUAAGUCAUUUUGUAUUCAUAAAAGAAUGUGUUCCAUUUAUUUGUUACAAUGUGAGAUGGUUUUUUUUUUUGUUUUGUUUUACUGCAAUGUAGGGUGUUUCCUUUGCUCAUAUUUGAUCAGCAGAUGUUUUUGUCUAAAGAAUGUGAGUGUGUUUCCUUUAUUUGGGAACUUGCCAGCUGUAAAUCUUUUAAAAAUGUGUAUUUUACACUUGAUUUGAUACUCUAGGUUGAAUUGUAUUUAUAUUCAGAAAUUGUGUAUAAAAUUUAACUCUGUGCAGUUUUGUUUUUAAUUUAACUUCUUGCAUUUUUUACUUUUUUGCAUAUCCUGGAAAAAAUUAAAUUAAUAAAUUAAAUAAAUUUUGGUUUCAUUAUUGAUCUAAAAUUAACGUUUGUUUGCAAUCACUCUUUGAUGUAUGUCUGCAUGUUUAACAUAGAUGUGCGGAGCUCCGCUUUUUAAUAAUCAUCUAAAGGAAAAGGGCUUUAAAUUUUAAUCAAUUAUAUAUAUAUUUGUGUGUGUUUAUUAAAUGGAAAUCUAAUAUUUCACGUUUUUAGAUUAAAUUUUUUAUAAAUUCUAACUGUAAUUUAAAUUUUUCCUUUUUAAAAUUAAAAUAUUGGUGAUCCUCCCUCACUCCCUCUUGAUGUCAAAUAAACAGAAUAUUUCACACACAAACGUAUAUAUGCAUUUUAGAUCUGAAGUUUUUAGACAGCAUGCAUAAGGCUUUUGCAAUAUUUAAUGAUUAUUUUUUUUUUUAGUUUUAUUUCUUUUAAAUCCGUUUCUGUGGGAAGAAAAUUAUCCUUUAAAAAGACAAUUAAAAAUAUUUUUCAAUAUUGAUUUCACACAUUUUUUUUUUUUUUUUUCAUACUCAGGCAUAAAUAGGGUAGUUAUUAGUGUCAUUUUAGCUAAUAGAUUUUUUGGAGUAAAAUAGAUAACCUUGAUGUGAUCUAUCAAUUGGCUUUAACAACACUGUACUGCGUGACUUUUCGAACAAAGUUUACUGUAGUUUAAGUAUGGGGGAGGUUAGUAAUAUUGUUUGGUUGAUAAUUUGGAACUUUGUUAGAGCUUGUGUAAAUUAGUAUUUGAAAUAAAUAUUUUGAGAAACCCUUAUAGAUGCUGCAAUCAGAUAAUCCAGUGAUUUUAGUUUUACAUUUUAUCGUUGUAAAUUGUAAAUGGCUUGGCAAUUCAAAAUUUAAAUGGAAAGCAUAUAUUCUGGUAAAUAUGAACUUUAUUUUUACUAGAUAACUUGCGUUAUUCCUAUCCAGUUCUUAAUGAUAUUCCCUCCUUCUAAACUUAGAAAUUCUUUUAUCAUUCUUGUCAUAAAUUAAGUUCAAUUUUUAGAAUCUUGUCUUUUUUGUGAGACUGGUGCUAAAUUUCUAGUAGCUCUUUUCCUGAAAGAAUGUCUUUAUGUCUAGUGUUCUGUGUUUGAUGUAAACUGAUAUUAGAUACUUCACACCAAGUAUUUCCGACUUUUUUCUCCAUUAUUUAAUAACUUGAAUUGAAUCGCUGUUUCCAUUUUAAGUAUUUGGACCAAUAUUUUCAGAAUUGCAACCAGUAAAUCGGAAUCAAUUAUGGUCAUAAAGGUUGUAUCUUAAAGUUUAAAAUUUAUUGGUUUCAAUAAUUCACUUUUAUUUUAUAAAGUACAUCUGCUAUAACAAUCUGUACAAAAUUAUUGUAAAUUUUUUUUAAUUUCAGUGCCUUGGUAAGCUAUCAGGUAACAUAGAGUAUUUAUACCUAUUUUAAUUUAAUUAGCUACUUUUAUAAUCUAAAUAAAAUUGAGAACUACUAUUCAAGUAUUAAACAUUUUCUCCUAUUUGCAAGUUUUUCUUAACAUUUAAGAAUUUUAAAUGUAAUGAUUUGGGUACACUUAUUAUGUAUUAUCAGAAAUACUUCAGUGGAUAGAAGUAGCUAUUAUUUCUGUCACUAAAAAAAAAAAAAAAAGAAUUUAUCAAAUUCUUUUCUGAAAUAUUUUUCUUGCACAACUAUUUUGAAACUUCUUGAGAUAUGUAAACUAGAUAUUUGCUCAUAGGCAGCAUUGGUAAGUGCCCACCUUUGCCAUAGUAUUUUCACGAGACUUGCUUCUAAAUUAUAUGGGAAAAAAACAUUUUUCAAAAAUUCUCAUUGUAUAGACUGAAUUGUUUCUGUCUGAGGAAAAAGAGGCACAUAUUAUCCAAAACUGCCUAUGGAGUAUGGUUGAGCCAGGACCCAUAAUAUUGUACAGAUGUUUUGUACACGGAAUUCUGUUUGUUCAUUGUUUUAUGGUGUAACGCAAAGUGGCACUGUAAUGUGGUUUGACAUCUUUUCACAUUUUUCAUUCCAUCUGUAGAACAGAACAUUGUGUGCUUUUUGUACAACAUAUUUGUUAGUUCUUGCUAUGUAAACAGUCAUUCCAGCGGAAUGUAGAAGAUAUCUCAAAAUGUGUUUUAUGACGUAAUAAACCAAUAAAUGUCA